AUGACUUAUUCUAAACAAGUUUCUCUAACUUGUAGUGGACACACUAGACCUGUAAUUUGCUUGGCUCACAGUGGCUUAACAUCUGAAGGUUAUUUCAUGAUCAGUGGAUGUAAAGCUGGCCACCCAAUGCUAAGAAAAGGCGAAACAGGCGAUUGGAUUGGGACAUUUCACGGACAUAAAGGAGCUGUCUGGGGUGUUACCUUAAGUAAAGAUAGCUUUCGAGCUGCUUCGGCUUCUGCAGAUUAUACAGCGAAGGUGUGGGACACUGUUACUGGUGAUUUACUUCAAACUUUGGAACAUAAGCAUAUCGUUAAAAGUGUCGAUUUUUCAUACGAUUGCAAGAAAUUAUUAACUGCCAGCAAUGAAAAAUUGCUCAAAGUAUUUGAUUUAAAGGUUAAUGAUGACGACUAUUUCUCCUUAGAGGGACACACCGCUAGCAUCAAAUCUUCUUUAUGGCUUAAUGAAUACAUGAUAAUCAGUGGUAGUGAGGAUAAGACAAUAAGAAUCUGGGAUACAAGAAAUAGAGCAGAAUUUAAACAGGUCUUGGUAGACUCUCCUAUUACUAGUUUAGAGCUGUCUCAUAGCUAUGAUUUGCUGUUAGCAACCUAUGGAAAUACGAUAGCGAUAUAUAAUGCCACGAGUUUAAAAUUGGUUAAAGAUAUUAAAUGGCCUGUUUCGCUCAAUUCGGCAUCUUUACAUAAAGAUAAAUCUUGCAUUGUUGCUGGAGGUGAAGAUUUUAAAUUGUAUAAAAUUGAUUAUGAAACUGGAAUAGAAUUAGAAUCUUAUAAAGGACACUUUGGUCCAGUUCACUGUGUUAAUUUUUCUCCCGAUUCCGAACUAUACUCGUCUGGAUCGGAGGACGGAACAGUGCGUUUAUGGCAAACUGUUCCUGGUAAGGCUUAUGGACUUUGGAAAGGUGAAGACAAUAAAGCAAAAACUAUCCCUUCCAUUGCUACCGAUAAGUAA